CCCUCCGCCAGGUCCCUGUCUCCCUCCCCCGCCGCAUCCCUCCGCCGGUCCCUGUUCCCUUCUGCCCCCUCCCCACACUGCUGCAUCCCUUCGCCCGGGUCUCCGGCUCCUUCCCCCGCUGCGCUCCCCCGGCUCCCCCCUGCCGCUGCUGCGGCUCCCGGAGGAGACCCCCCCCCCCGCCCAUGGCUCUCGGGGGCCCGGGGAGCCGCUGCCGGAGGGUCUGAGGCCGGCGCAGGAGCGGAGCGGCGGGGGCAGAGCAUGUGGGGGCCGCCGGCCGGCCAGCGCCCCCGGGAGUAAGGGCCAGGUCCGCGUGCUGUGUGUGGCGCCCCCCGUCCCUUAGGAUGAGUAACUGCAGCAGCCGCGCGCUGACGCUGCUCAGUAGCGUGUUCGGGGCCUGUGGGCUGCUGCUGGUUGGCAUCGCCGUCAGCACCGACUACUGGCUUUACAUGGAGGAGGGCAUCGUGCUGCAGCAGAACCAGACCACCGAGAUCAAGAUGGCGCUGCACGCCGGGCUCUGGAGGGUCUGCUUCUUCGCCGGCCGGGAGAAAGGCCGGUGCGUGGCAUCAGAGUACUUCCUGGAACCCGAGAUAAACCUGGUGACGGAAAACACGGAGAACAUCUUGAAGACAGUUCGCACGGCCACCCCUUUCCCCAUGGUCAGCCUCUUCCUUGUCUUCACGGCCUUCGUCAUCAGCAACAUCGGCCACAUCCGGCCACAGAGAACCAUCCUGGCCUUCGUCUCCGGCAUCUUUUUCAUCCUCUCUGGCCUGUCUCUCGUGGUGGGGUUAGUUCUCUACAUCUCCAGCAUCAACGACGAGGUGAUGAAUCGGCCCAGCGGGUCGGAGCAGUAUUUCCACUAUCGCUACGGCUGGUCCUUCGCCUUCGCAGCCUCCUCCUUCCUCCUCAAAGAGGGCGCCGGCGUGAUGUCCGUGUACCUGUUCACCAAGCGCUAUGCGGAGGAGGAGAUGUACCGUCCUCACCCAGCCUUCUACCGCCCGCGCCUGAGCGACUGCUCCGACUACUCGGGCCAGUUCCUGCACCCGGAGGUGUGGCACCGCGGGCGCAGCCCCUCCGACAUCUCCAGCGACGUCUCCAUCCAGAUGACCCAGAAUUACCCCCCUGCUAUCAAGUACCCUGAGCACAUGCACAUAUCCACCUCGCCCUGCUAGGCCAGUCCCCCCGACCAUCUCCCACCGGGGCCUGCCAGCUGCCCCCCACCCCAGAGACUGCGCGGAGUGGGGCCCACCCAUAGAUCACAGACGGGGUGCUACUGGACUGAAACCUCUCCUUGUCCCCCCUUUCUCGCUCCCUCUGCACCAUCCCUGGAGGCCUCCCCAAUUUGGCCAUUUUGGCAGGAUUUGUGACAGGAAGUCCCCCUGUCGGCCAUUUUGGUUGCCGUGGGAGCUUGGCAGGAUUCCUGACAGGAAGUCAUCCUGUUGGCCAUUUUGAUAGCUAUGGGAAGGUGGUGAGAUUCCUAGGAGGAAGUCACCCCGUUGGCCAUUUUGGUCACUGCAGGAUUCCCAACAGGAAGUCACCUUUUUGGCUAUUUUGGUAGCCAUGGGAACUUGGCAAGAUUGCUGACAGGAAGCAACCUGUUGGCCAUUUUGGCUGCCAUGGGCAGGUGGCAGGACUCCCAACAGGAAGUCACCCCAUCGGCCAUUUUGGUUGCCACAGGAAGGUGCCGGGAUUCCCAACAGGAAGCCACCUGUCAGCCAUUUUGUUUGUCAUCAUAGGGCCAGCUCCAGAUACUUUUUUUGUCCCCACAGGGGCCAAUUCCUAACAGGAAGUGAUCCCUCCCUGCUCCAAGCUCUUCCUCCCAGAUCCUGACAGGAAGUGGCUCCUCUGCCAUCUUUUUUGCCCCAUAAUGGCCAACCCCGGUUAGGAAACUGCCCGUCUGCUAUUCUGGUUGUCAUUGUACCAGCUCCCCUUGGUAUGGAUCCUGAGAAGAAAUGGCUCCUAAUGCCAUUUUCCUCAGUUCCAGAAUGGCCAACCCUGACAGGAAGUCACUCGUCAGCCAUUUUCCUUGUUGCCAUGCCAGUCCCUUCCCCCGCAGGUCAUGAGAGGAAAUGGUUUCUCUGCCACCUUUGCUGCCCCACAAUGGCCAACCCUGACAGGAAGUCACUCAUCAGCCAUUUUCUGUGUUGCUGCACUGGUCCCUCCCGCACUCCCCCACCCCCAGAUCCUGAGAGGAAAUGGCUCCUCCGCCAUCUUUGUUGUUUUCCAAAUGAACCAGAUGGGGGAACCGCAUCAGCAAAUGGGGACACAGAGAAGGGCCCAGGCCACUUUCUUCCCUCGGAAGCAACCCAACCCAGAGAGAUGACUCAAGGGGAGCUGAAAAUAUAGGCACCAAUGUCCGUCCGGCUAAAGCAACGGCGGCGGCUGGCUGCCAACACCUCGCCCUCAGAGACCCGCUCCCCCCUCAACCGCCAGAUGGGGGCCCCGUCUCUUUCUCUUCCCUCCAAAGAACGUUCGAAGAAGCCCUUUUCUUAGCAAGCGUGGGCCAUGUUAACCCAGUUUGAGGCCAGCUGCCCCCAUGCUCUGCAUUGAUCUUUCCUUUCUUUCUAUUUGCUUUCUUCUUCCAGUCUCGCCACCUUUUUUCUUUUCCAUUUCCUGGCUCUUUCCUUCUUCCUUUCACUGCACUCUUUCUUUUGUCCCUUUUCUCUUUUGUUUCCAUUUGCAAGUUUUCUUUGAUUCCUUCCUCUCUCUGCACUCUUUCGUCCAUUCCUUCUUUUGUUCAUUUCUCGGCACUUCUUUAUUGAUUUUCUUUAUAUGUCCAUCUACAGGUCCCUUCCCCACCCCCCUUUUGUUUUCCUCUUCCUUUCUCUACUCUCUUUUGUUCUUUCUCUGUUAGUUCCCUUCUCUUUUAGCCACCUCCGCAUGCUGGGGUGUAUCUCGGGCUGCAUUUCUUUUGCCACGGUGACUGUGUUUGUAGAUGGGGUAGGUGUCUCCAUCCAUGCAGAAACGAGGAAGGAGCAAAUAUAGCCGGAGGAGGAGAAAAAUGCCAGUGGAGAGGAGGAGGAAAGGGAAAUAGGGGAGAGGGAAACGAGAGAGUGAAGGGAAGGUGGAGAGAAGAGAAACGAGGCUGAGGGAGGUGAUGGAGGAAAGAAAAGGGGGUAGGCUAUAGAUACCUGGGCCUUCAGGGAUGGAUCAGUGCGGGGAACUGGAAUCACAGGUGGGUUUAGGCACCUCCUGCUGGCUAGGCCCUGCCAGGACCCAGGACCCUUGCUGUGGACUUGGUUGCUACUGUUCGGUCCCUGUCCCGUGUGGGUAUUUUUGUGGGCUCCUUUGACAAGGUCAUCUGUACCUGACUUUGCGUGCUUCCCCACGGCAGUGCCUCCCAGCCAGGGACCUAAAGGAGAAUCACCCUCCUCAUCUCUUGUCAUGAUGAUGGGACUAUGACAUACAGAGGAGCUGUUCUUAUGGCAUCCAGCAGAGGGUGGUAUAUGCUGGGUGGGACCCAGCUCUAGGAGGGGGAUGAGGUCUAGUGGUUAGAGCAAGGGGGCUGGGAGUCAGGACUCCUGGGUUCUAUCCCUGGCUCUGGGAGGGGAGUGAGGUCUAGUGGUCAGAGCAGGGAGAGGGCUGGGAAUCAGGACUCCUGGGUUCUCUCCCUGGGUCUGAGAGCAGAGUGGGGUCUAGUGGUUAGAGCAGGGGGCUUGGGAGCCAGGAUGCCUGGGUUCUACCUCCAGUUCUGUCAGGGGAGUGAUGUCUAUGGGAUAUAUCGGAAGUGUGUGUGGGGGCAGUUUGUGUGCCCUCAGGAAGUGGGAGACACCAUCUUUUGCCCCUGACCACUUAAAGGGCCAGAAAUCUCCUUCUUCCUCCACCCUUAGAAAUCCCACCUCCUGCUCUUGAAUGCUCCCGGGGACCAGGGGACCCCUCAGCACUUAGACCUGGCAAAGGGAGGUCGAGGAGGAAGGUCAUGGCACCCCCACCCUUGGGACCUGGUGGAAAAGAAAGGGUUAAAAAUCUAGCCACAGAAGUGGCCCCUGGGCACAGGGCAUGGUGGAGGCAGGGGUGAGGAAAGCUAACUAGCUACACCCCCCCACCCCUCCAAUCACUGUGAACGGGUGGUGGGGUGGGGGAAUCCGGCUGGCACCUGUGAUGGGAGAGUGUGUGUGUGGGGGAAAUAGGUUCUUAGCCUGCAGGGUGGGAUGGGGGGUCGGGGAGGGGAUGGGUGGAUGUGCAUACUACACUGGUAACCAAGGAGGGACCCCUUUUUAUUGUCAUAUAUUCUUCUCCCCCCCAUGCUGGGGGGGGCCCGGGGCCAACCCCCCCUUAUUUACUCUGUACCAUAUGUACAUAGAACUGAGAGACUGCAAUAAACUUUAUUUCAAACACC